CUCCUUCCUGGUGCCUGAGAGGAGCUGGGGAGUCAGGUGUGCAGCCACCAGGUGCUGGAGCUCUCCUUGGAGGUGGGGAGCAGGGGACAGGAUGGCCCCGAGGAGAGCCGUGCAGCUGUCUCUGAAGAAGCCCACGUACGCUGUGUGUGUGGUGGGGACCGAGAUGCUGGUGAACGUCCACAGAGAUGUGCCCAGGGGUGCCAAGACCUUCAGGGUUUCUGGGAGCUCUAAGGUGGAAGUCUUAAUGGCCUAUGAUCCCAGAUGGGUGACAGAACCCACAGGCAAGGCCCACUGGCCUCUAGAUGCCAAUGUGGAUGUGGUCGUAUCCGUGGACACAGCCAGUAAGGAUUUAAACGACCUCAAGGUGAAGGUGUCAUACUUCAAGCGGCAGGAGGACGAUCCCCUGGGCCACAGCGUGCUCUACCUGACUGCCGUGGACGUCUCCCUCGAUGUCGACACCAGCCGCACAGGCAAGGUGAAAAGGCGCCGCGGGGACAAGAAAACCUGGCGCUGGGGCCUCGAGGGCCAUGGGGCUGUUCUGCUGGUGAACUGCGACAGGGACUGCCGUGGGCCCGGGGAGCCUGAUCUCCACAGCAGCCAGCCAGUGUCCCUGGACGACCUGCAGGACAUGUCCCCCAUCGUGCUGACCUGUGACGGCCCCGAUGAGCUCUUCGACAGACACAAGCUGGUCCUGAGCGUGUCCCAGUCCGACUCCAGGAGGGUGCGGGUCUUCCGUGCUCAGGGCGGAACUUCCGUCUCUGACUACCAGCAGGUGCUGGGGCCCAGGCACCUGUCCCACCGAGUGGAGCGGCAGCGGGGGGAGCGCGAGAUCAGAUUCUGCGCUGAGGGCCUCGCCUUUCCGGACGCCGACUUCUCGGGGCUGGUCUCCCUCAGUGUCGGCCUGGUGGACACAGCGCCGCUGCCCGAGGUGCCUCUCUUCACAGACACCGUGGUCUUCCGCGUGGCGCCCUGGAUCAUGACCCCCAACACCCAGCCGCCCGUGGAGCUGUACGUGUGCAGCGUCACAGACGCGCAUGGCUCCAAUGAGAAGUUUCUGGACGACAUGGCUUCCCUGGCGCUGAAGGCCAAUUGCAAGCUGGUCGUCUGCCCCCGGGUGGAGAACCGCAACGACCGCUGGAUCCAGGACGAGAUGGAGUUCGGCUACGUCGAGGCCCCUCACAAAUCCUUCCCUGUGGUCUUUGACUCCCCCAGGAACAGAGGCCUGAGGGAUUUCCCCUAUAAGAAGAUCCUGGGUCCUGACUUUGGCUACGUGACCCGGGAGCUUCUCUUCUCUGGCGCCUCCAGCUUAGAUUCCUUUGGCAACCUGGACGUCAGCCCGCCCGUGACAGUGGGUGACACGGAGUACCCCCUGGGCCGGAUCCUCAUCGGUGGCAGCUUCCCCAAGUCCAGCGGGCGGCGGAUGGCCAAGGUGGUGCGCGACUUCCUGGCAGCACAGCAGGUGCAGGCGCCCCUGGAGCUCUACUCGGACUGGCUGUCCGUAGGCCACGUGGAUGAGUUCCUGAGCUUUGUGCCCACCUCCGACCCGAAGGGCUUCCGGAUGCUCCUGGCCAGCCCCAGCGCCUGCCUCAAGCUGUUCCAGGAAAAGAAAGAGGAGGGCUACGGGGAGGCGGCCCAGUUUGCUGGGUUGAGACACAAGGCAAAGAGAAGCAUUAACGAGAUGCUGGCGGACAGACGCCUCAGGAGUGACAGCCUCCACGUCCAGAAAUGCAUCGACUGGAACCGCGAGGUGCUGAAGCGCGAGCUGGGCCUGGCCGAGGGCGACAUCAUCGACAUCCCGCAGCUCUUCUCCCUGAAGGGCGCCUACGCCGAGGCCUUCUUCCCCGACAUGGUGAACAUGGUGGUGCUGGGCAAGUUCCUGGGCAUCCCCAAGCCCUAUGGGCCGGUCAUCAACGGCCGCUGCUGCCUGGAGGAGCAGGUGCGCUCGCUGCUGGAGCCGCUGGGCCUGCACUGUGUCUUCAUCGAUGACUACUUGUCCUACCACCGGCUGCAAGGCGAGAUUCACUGCGGUACCAACGUGCGCCGGAAGCCGUUCACCUUCAAGUGGUGGCACGCGGUGCCUUGAGCCUGCUACCCCCUGCCGUCCCCUCUGGCCCCCUGCUGGGAACCCUGCCCGGGCAAGGGUGAGGACACACACCGGCCUCCCUCUUUUGGGGGCCCUUGGCACAGCAGCCCUGGUGCCUGCAAGCGUGCUGGCCACUGUGGACGCUGGACUCCAGGGAUCGAGGCCACCCUGCCUGGCCCAAGGAUGACCGUCCCCAUCGUCUCCUCCCCUUCCUUAGCCACUGCCCCCAGCGGUCUAAGGCCAGUAGCCUUCAUACAUCCAAGCUGGCCGCAAAUGCCUCCCCUCUAUCCGGAGGCCUCCUGGGGGCGUAGGAAGGGUGGCUUUGCGUCUGCACCAGGAGUGGGAGCCAGCCCCCCAGGGUCUGCCGUGAGGAUUUCCAUUCCAGGUGGCCUGUGGCUCCCGUCAGACCAGGCGAUCCGGGGCACCCUCCUUCCAAAGGGGACCCAGGCCGUGAUUCCCCCCCCCCCCCCUCCAGUGCCCUUCAGCUAUAGGAAGCAAACAGGGACAGGAAACCCUGGUGUCCGAGGGCUUGUUUUAAAAAGAAAGGAGGCAACAAAACCCCUUUAAUAUCUGCCUCAGCCCUCGAAGGGUGCUCGUUACCUGUCUGGAAGCCUUUAAUUAAGGAGAGCUAGCUGCUUCCGGCCUAAAAACGCUGAGCGGGGGAGAGGAACUUGGGGAGGCUGAGGAAGGAGGCCUGGACAGGAGGGGACGAGGUCAGAGUGGCAGAAAAGGCUGGGCAGUGACCUCCGGGCCCGGAGGCUUCUGCACCCUUGGAUGGCCAGGGCUUUGGAUUUUGAACUCUGAAUCUGUAGGCAGCUGGCUGUUCCAGAUGUGGUGGGGGUGGGGCCCAGAUGUUAGACGAGGGUGGGGGACCAUUAGGUUAUCUCUGAAGGUGGAGCUUAAUUUCCUUUAAUAGUCUGUCAUUAUCCCCUUCCUUCUGCAGGCAGGGGGAGGGGAAGGCUGGUCCGCUGUCCCUCAGCAACCCGUCCCCCCCACAUCACGCACAUGCACGCACACAUGCACACACGCAUGCAGCUUUGCCUGUGAGCAACGCCCUGUGACAGGCCGGGUUCCUCCCACAGAAGGACAGACAGCUGCUGCCCUCCAGGUUAAUAGCCCUGGGAGCCCACAGAGGCAUGUGCAGGCAGGCAGGCUGGCCGGCUGCAGCAGCCCGGGCAGGAGGAAGCCAGCCUCCCUGCUCCCCACUGGCUGGGGAGCCGUGGCCACUGUUAGUCCCCGGACCUCUGCCUGUCUAUAUCCCCAGACUCUGGCGAGUCCUCAGACCAAAACAGCUCCUGUCACUCUGUCAGGCCUGGAAUAAAGGCUUCUGUGGAACUGGCACGGUGAACAGGGGGGGCUGGGAACCUGGAUCCUCCCCUUCCAGAAGGUCCCCAGGCCCUUUUGCAAGCUCUUGCUCUGACCCUGGCCCCUUUGUCUUAGGAUCAGGACCCAGCCGAGGCUGAGCCGUGAAGAAGGGCCUGAGGGUGUGGGGUCUGCCUUGGGAGCCCCUAGGGAAAGUGCCGUUCCCCUGGGUGGGAGGGGAGCAGGCGUGCAGACAGACAGGGAGUUGUGAGGCUGUGGAAUUGCUGCUGGGGCCCUUGGGGUCCUGGUGUCCUGCUGAGAGUGUUCUGGUGACCAGUCACCUCCUUUCUGAUCAAUAAAAAUGGUCGGCAUGCA